AUGAUUUCCAGUUUCUUUCCAGGAGCCACUGAUGAGGUGUUCCAGGUGCAAGAAGCUGAGAUGUCACAGACGGUAUCGACUGGGGAGACAGUCACCCUGAGUUGCAGUGUACCAGAUACCUUCCCGAAUGGACCUGUCUUGUGGUUCAAGGGAACUGGGCCAAACCGGGAAUUAAUCUACAGUUUCAAACAAGGUCACUUUCCCAGAGUAAAAGCGAUUGGAGACACCACCAAACUUGGCAACACAGACUUUUCUAUCCGCAUCAGUGAAAUUUCUCUUGCAGAUGCUGGCACCUAUUAUUGCAUGAAGUUCAUAAAAGGGAAACCUGAUAAGGAAUACCAGUCAGGUCCGGGCACUGAGGUGUCUAUUAUUGAGCACAGUCUGGGGCCUCCCUAGGACAGACAUUCAGACAGAGCAGGCUCCAGGGCCCACCAUGAUGCCCAUCCCUGCCUCUCAGCCCCACUUGCCUCCGCCAUCCCUGCUGCUGCCCCUGCUGCUGGGACUCGCAGGCGCCUGGACCCCAACCUCAGCCCCAGCUGGGCCAGGGCAGGACUUGGAGCUGACUUGUGUUUCCCUCCAGGGGUGGCAGGAGAGGAGGAGCUGCAGGUGCUUCAACCUGACAAGUCAGUGUGGGUCACAGCCGGGGAGUCAGCCAUUCUGCGCUGCUCCGUGACCGCCCUGGUCCCCGUGGGGCCCAUCGAGUGGUUCAGGGGGACUGGGCCAGGCCGAGAACGAUUCUUCAGUAUAAAAGCCCCCUCCCCCCGGGUAACGCCUCUUGAAGAUACCACAAAGAGAAACAGCACGGACUUCUCCAUCCGCAUCAGUAACAUCACCUCAGAGGACGCCGGCACCUACUACUGUGUGAAGUUCCGGAGAGGAACUCCUAACAACGUGGAGGUUAAGUCUGGACCAGGCACCAAGUUAUUUGUGCGUGCCCCCCGAGGAGGAGAGAGCCUGGACCAGGAAGGUCAGUAG